UCCUACAGCUGAUGGAAAUCGGUUAUCAGCGUCGCAGCCACUGUUUAUAAUUUAUUUUUAGUUGUGUCGGAAAACUAUAAAAGCAUUAAGACUUCUCUUAAAGAAGCGAUUUAGGGCAAAGCCUGUUUUUCCGUCUAAGAGAUAAAUAGGUCUUCCUUCCCAUUUGCUGCUUCGGUUGUUCGAGUGCAGCAUCUGAAGGUGAAGGACACAAUAACGCAAGAAAGGUCUUCAAGGACCCAGGAGCCCAACAAUGGAUGCGAACAAGGUCGACAGCGAAAACGACAACUGCGCGGCGACCUCGGACGCCAAUCUCAAUCAGCUACCAGAUGAGAUCCUGGAGUUUAUUUUCACCUAUAUGCCACCCUACGGGGACCUGGAGCACUGCAGUCUAGUGUGCAAGCGCUGGCACGGGAUCGUAAAAAAUCUCGUGAGAAGGUCGAAAAUCAAUUUGGAGAAGGGUCUAACCGACUUUCGACUUCGAUGGGAGGUAUUUUCUCAGGAAACCAACACUGCUGGAGCCGGAUCUGCCUUGUCAUUCAUUGCUGGACGUUUCGCCCAUUCUGCUGUACGGCAAGGUAACUCGAUGUAUGUGUUUGGCGGCGGCUCGUCCUCGGACACCACCUUUAAUGAUCUCUGGCGAUUUGAUUUGACGCACAUGCGUUGGGCGAGACCUGUGGCGACGGGCACCUAUCCCUCGCCGAAGGGCAGCGCCUCUAUGGUGGCUUGGCGAGAUCAACUUGUAUUAUUCGGCGGCUGGCGUUAUCCCUCACUUCAUCCACCGUACCAGCCGUGGUGUCUGUUCGAUGAGCUCCACUACUACGAUCUCGGGAAGAAUCGUUGGCUGCAGAGGAAUACGCUUUAUUGUCCACCGCCAAUGGCAGGGCACUCGGCCACAGUACACGGCGACCGGAUGGUUGUAUUCGGUGGCUAUCAGAUUAAGGACGAUGUGAAUAUCAAUUCCAACGAUACAUGGGUUCUGGAUUUGGCAGAACCACGCUGGUGGCAGCCUCUUUUCGUGGGGAACACGCGCCCAACUCCACGCUACGGCCAAAUACAAAUAGAUCUGGGAAAGAACCACCUUCUGGUCGUGGGAGGAUGUGGAGGAGCCAAUCGGGUGUACACUGACGCCUGGCUGCUGGACAUGACAAGGGACGUCUGGUGCUGGAAGGCCAUCAAUGUCCGCAACAAACGCUUCGGAGCCGUCCACAUGUGGUGCAAUCCAGGCUGCAAGGUCAACAACUAUCUAGUGGUGGUGGGACCGUCGCCUAACAUGCCCCAGGACUUUCAAAUGAUGAAGCAAAGCCGUCUGCCGGUCAUUGGUGGCCGGGGUCCAGCCGCACCCAAUCCCUUGCAGAAUCUACCCCAACGGGCCCAUCGAAUACAGCUUCCAGAAAGGCGCCUGGGCGGAGGAGUAGGCGUGGCUGGACCGAACCGACCGGGAAACAUGCGACCUGGCAUAGGAGGCGCACCUCUCGGCCCUCAAGAGCAGUAUUUGGCAAACCGGAGAGCCAUUCUUAACCAGCACAUGCAGCAGGCACAGCAAUUCCUGCACAACAACAAUGUGAAUAACAACAACAACAACUACCAGCCACGUUCGGGGAGAUUGAGUGAUCUGCAUGCUCCGCCAGCUCCCGCUCCUGCUCCAGCUGUGGCUGCUCCCUCACCGCCAGUGCGUCCAAGCGCACCACCAUCCCCCGCCGAUAGAGAUGUGGAUGCUGCCCAGCGCCUGCAGAGAAAUUUGGCGCUUCGGUGUCGUGAUAACGAACCCAGACUCCCCAAACGCUUCGAUGAGCUGUACGAGGAUCCCUUUCGUAUGGCUGCAUUUAAUGUGCCCACUCGAUCGAGAAGUGCGUCACGGGAUCACAACGAGCGCAUCCGCCGCAUGGAGGAGAAGAUGAACGCCAUCAGGAACUCCCGUCGCAGUGCACCCGCCGCCGCUCAAGUAGAGCCCCAACCAUUACGCGCUCCGUCUCCCAAACGUCUUCGCUGCAAUGUUCAAUCUCUGUUUGUUUGUGACAUCUCUGGUAUUCUUGAUAGUAACGAUCCCGGCCUCGACUGGGUUGAGUAUAAAAACUUUGGAGUGCUCAAGGGUGCCCCGGAUCGUCUCAUACUUUCGAGCCUUAUCGCCGGCAACGGCGAGCUGAUCCUAUUCGGCGGCGUGCACAAGGAGACGCUAACAGACAUCACACACCAUGUAUCCAAUUCCAUACACUUCCUAAGUGUGCCACGUGAUAUUAUCUAAGCUCCGGUCCGACGCCUCGUCAUAGUCCUAAGUUAUCGUGAUAGCAGAUCGCCGCUGCUACCGCCCCUUCUCCCAAAUCCUUCAAAGAAGUUCGACCGCCGUUCAUUUAGAGAGUAAAUUGAUUGUAAUGGAUAUGUUGUAUGAUUAUAAACGAUUAACUACUAAA